AUGACGACUACUGAUGCAGCUUAUCUAUUGAUUGCUGCGGACGACGAGGGGAAGCAGGGAGGUGAUGGUGACGAUGGGGUUAAUGGCGGCGGGCAUAUGGUGGGGUUUUUCGUCAGGCCGCUGUCGAGGCUACAGGGGAGGAAGCGAAACCCAAUCUUGAGGGAGGCGCUGCAACGUGCCGGGGAGGAAUUUUUCCACGUCGAUAACCCCGAUCCUAGCGGCGGGGCACUUGGAGACAGCAUCGUUAAUGUUGCUGAUGAGCUGAGGGAUGAGGGAGAAUCGGUGGUGGCCUCGGCGGGGACUGCCGCCGGUGAGGCUGAGCCUGAAGAGAUGACGGAAGCCCCGAGGAGCUCUCGAGAGCUGUGGUGCUGGCUUGUGAGUCCAAGGGUGAAGCUGGGUCCUGGGAUGUCUACUUGGUCGGCACCGCUCAUGGUUCAGAGGUGA